AGACAGCUCCGGGUGGUGCAGUGAGGAAGUUACGCAGUCAGGGAAGUAACAGGUCGUGUAGAGACGAAGCGUGAAAUGCUUUUGCGUGGUUCUGUUUCAGUUUUGUCCGCGGUGUGUGUGUCCGCGCAGAGCUUUUAACCAGAGAUGCGAAGAUCGGGAUUCCUGCAGCUGCGCACCACCAAUCUCUUACACACGCACACACACACACACACACGCGGAGAGCAGAGUGGACGAUCAGAGGUUCGUUUGGGCUUUAUGAUUGAGGAUGCAGGACUAGCGAUCAUCAGACUGUAGAGAGUGGACAGAAGGUCAGCGCUGCCAUGGCUCAGUUCAGGCUGCAGAACGUGGAGGACUUUUAUGAGAUCGGAAAUGUUCUGGGCAGCGGUCACUUCGGGCAGGUGCGGGAGCUGAAGGAUCGCGCCACCGGAACCUCCUGGGCCGGGAAGUUCGUGAAGCUUCGUCGGAGCGUCAGCAGCCGACUGGGUUUGGAGAGGAAGAGCGUGGAGUGUGAGGUGGAGAUUUUACAGAGCCUGCAGCAUGUCAACAUCAUGGCCCUGCGAGACGUGUUUGAAAGCCGCGCCGAGAUCGUCCUCGUCGUCGAGCUUAUUCAUGGAGGCGAGCUUUUUGACUUUAUUGCUGCUAAGGAGAACCUGUCCGAGAACGAGGCCAUAGAUUUCCUGAAGCAGAUACUGAAGGGGGUCGGCUUCAUGCACGGCAAACAGAUCGCCCAUUUCGAUCUAAAGCCAGAGAACAUCAUGCUGUCGGAUAAGAAUGCUGAGCACCCCGAGAUCAAGGUCAUUGAUUUUGGACUCGCUCAUCGUUUCACCUCAGGAGAGGAAUACAAGAGUCUGUCUGGAACUCCUCAGUACAUAGCUCCUGAGGUGAUAAACUACGAGACGCUGAACAUGGCCACUGAUAUGUGGAGUAUCGGCGUCAUUACAUAUAUACUAUUAAGCGGUAUAUCCCCUUUCCAAGGAGACACAGAUGAAGAGACGCUGAGGAACAUUGUCGAUAUGAAGUAUGACUUUGACGACCAUUACUUUAGCCAAACGAGUGAAAUGGCCAAAGAUUUUAUUGAGAAGCUGCUUGUAAAAGAUCAAAGUGAGAGAAUGACCGCUGAUGAAUGUUUACUGCACCCUUGGAUCAAGCCUCUCACACGCAAGCAGGCAGCGAACAGAAGUCGCUCGUCCAUAAACAUGAAGAACUUCAAGAAGUUCAACGCCAAAAGAAAGUGGAAGAUGUCCUAUAACAUGGUGUGGGCCUGUAACAGGCUGGGCCGCCUCAGUCUGCUCUGUAAGAAGAAUAAAGAAGAUGAACAACUGAGAAGCUGUGAAAGUGAUCAAGAGGACAUAGAGACCAAACCGGCGUCGCUCAUCCGCCGCAGACUGAGCAGCAGCUCGUGAUUUGCCUUCAUCUGACUGUAAUUCAUUUCCAUCAACCACCUCCAUCUGAUCCUAAUUCAUCUCCAUUUUUUCUGUCUCACCUCUCUGCUCCUGAUUCAUUUCUUCUCCUGCUUCUGAUUUCCUAAAAUGAUUUUCCAUUGCUCUCAUUUCCCCUCCGUCUGACUCAUCCUUACCUGCUCCGGAUUUAUAUCCUUAUUAUCCUGAUCUGUCCCUAUCCGCUCCUACUGUUUGUUUACCUGAUCUCCUUCUGAUUCAUUACCCAGAGUUCUUCAGCCCUGAGGAUUUCACAGUUGACUUCAUGCACAGUGUAACGUGCAGUGUAUGGAUCUGAAUGAAACAGGAACAUCAGUACACAUUUCUGUAAACAGUUUUUUUGCACAUUUUAUUUGGUGCCCACUUUUAUGACAAAUGUUUUAUUUUAAAAUUAAACCAAGGAUCAUUGACACACACACACUAAAAGUAUCAAAUAUAAUACUGUAUUAGGGUGUGUUAAAAUGAGAAGAUAAUGUGACAGACUGCCUGUAAGGACUUUAACGUCAAAUGUGAGGAACGUAUUUCUAAUAGUUUUAUAUAUGGAAUGGUGUUUUAAUGUUCUGGUUUUGAAGUAACGUUUGUUUACUUAUGUUUAAUUUUUAUGUUUUUUUGUUACAAAUAUACUAAUGUAACAUUAUUGAUUUAUGCCAGCUCAACAGGUGGGAAAACAGUUACAUGAAGUCUUGUCAUUUUUUAUUGAAAUGUUUUUUUACACUCUGUUUUUAGUAAAAUGUGUAAAUGUGUCCACAUGUACCUCACUUUGGUUAAUGAUGGGAUGUAAAUGAGACCCCCUUUUGGCAAUACAUGUAUGGCUUGCUUAGAUUUGCCCACCAGUGUUAUAUAAUGGGGGCAAAGUGUGCCACAAGAAGCCACAAGAGCCUCUGACCUUAUAUGAGAUUCAUUUUGACUUUGACUAUGAUGGUCUUUUAAUUCCCUGCAGCUGGUAAUCUCUCUGUGCCAAUAUAAAUAGGAGUAGUUUGACUGCACCUACUACAAAGUACUUGAAAAAUAUAUGAUUUUCCAAGGUACAGGGGAGUUCGCCCAAAUGGUCAGAUGUAUUUAAAGAACCAUUUAAAAGAGAUCUGGCAUAUGUCACAGAAGCUGCUGAAACACAGUUAAGCCACAUUACAUUUCUAAACAUCUAUAUUACAUUGCUGCCAUGCAAGGCUGAAAGACUUUCUCCAUGUGAUCAGCAACAAACUUCAAUCAAGUUUUAAGGCAUGCUUCUGUGGCAAGAACGUGUUAGCAUCUAAGCCCAUGCUGAUAUAAGGGGUUUAAUAGUGUUGAGCUCAGAGCUUUGUGCAGGCCAGUGUUCAAUCAGGUUUAAAUUCAGUUAUUCACAUCCCCUCCACAAACCGCUGCAGAAAUCACUGGCAUGACACACUAUCCCUUAUAAGUGUAAGCUUUGGACUUUUACUGUAUGUCAUGUAGUUUUAUAAACAUUAUACGUACCAAAAGUUAUUGCAAAAGAAGCACUAAGAGAAAGAAAGUUGUAAUAAAAAUGUGUGAAUUUUGUUUGCAGUAAUACUUUCUUGUGCCUCAUUUAGACCACAAAGUGCUGAUGAUUACAAUAUUUUGUUUUUUCAUUACCAACACAUUUUGACUCUGAAGCUGUCUGAGGACUCAGAGAAAGAAAAAUAAAGAAGCUUUUUCAUAAAACAUU